ACAGACCAUAAUAAAGAGUGCAUGUGUUACUAACUUCUUUAUGACAGCAGAGGGAAUCGCUAGUUGGUAGGGAGCACAGUACAGUAGGAGCGCGAAAAGUCCACAUAACUCGUAGAUUCACCUGCGGCAAAAAUCGUAGUACACUCUUGUAAUAAUUUCAAUGCGCAAGUGUCGCUCUUUUGGGGAAAAACGGCAAUGGGAGCCUCGCAGUCUGCGCGCACUGAACAUGAGUUCCAAGAUCUGGCUGAUCGAACUGGAUUUUCCCUGGAGCAGAUUGGCAACCUCAACAAGAGAUUCAGACAGCUGAGCAAGAAUGAGGAGACACUAAGUCGACAGGAUUUGGCGAGCAUCUCUGCUCUAGAUAACAAUCCACUCCGGACUCAAAUUAUUAAUGCCUUCUUUGACAAAAGAAACCUCCGUCAGAAUGAGGCGGGUACGGUCCAGGUGAUUGGCUUUGAGGAGUUCCUUAUGGUCAUGUCUCACUUUCGUCCGGCAGCUAUGCACAUCACAGAGGAGGAGAGGGAGAAACUGAGGCGGGAAAAACUACGCUUUGUGUUCAACAUGCAUGACACAGACAGUGACGGCACCAUCACUCUGGAGGAGUACAGACGGGCGGUAGAAGAGCUCCUGUCUAAGGCUGGCACAAUCGGGCAGGAGACCGCAAAAGCCAUUGCAGACGCCGCCAUGCUGGAAGUUGCGAGCACCACAAGGGGCAAAAUGGAACCUGAUGAAUUCUAUGAAGGAAUCACUUUUGAAAAUUUUCUUCAGAUUCUUAAAACCUUCGAUAUUGAGACAAGGAUGCACGUUCGCUUUUUAAACAUGGACACUGCAACCAUGCGAUGUGGAAAAUGAGUCCCUGUCUCCUUUAAAAUACAUCUGGUACUGAUGUUUUUACAAAAUGAAUAUCUCCAGUCUUUCUCUGAGAUGAAGCCGAAUACCUUUUUUAAAACUUAUGAAUGAUUGAUGGGAGAUCCACUGUGAUAUACAGUGUCUUCAGAAAGUAUUCAUACCCCUUGCCUUUUCCACUGCUCCAGAGUCCAAUGGCGGCGAGCUUUGGACUUUGACAUAAUGGGGUAUUGUGUUUAGGCCAGUGACAAAAAUGUCAACAAUCCGUUUUAAAUUCAGGCUGUAACACAACAAAAUGUGGAAAAAGUCAAGGUGUGUAAACACUUUCUGAAGGCACUGUAAGUGUACAAUAUUGUCUACAUACCGUAUGUUGUACAUUUUAAAAUGACAAACUAUGCUGAACUAUAUUUUGAAGGUUUGGGUUAGACAUUUGCAUCCAUUUCAGUGCCGUGCAAUGUCCUUGCAAUAUUUAGUGCUUGCCUGUGACUGAAUACUAACAUGCUUUCAGCUAAAAGUAAACGCAUACACCUCCAGUGCCCCAGAUGAAUCCCUUCAUUACCACUCUCUCAUGUCAGCGUUAUGUAUACAUAACAGUACAGACAGAGGUUCACCCGCCAUGUGGAUCACUGAGAGGACCGGGGUUGGCAUCCAGGGUCACUUUUAUUCUGGCUCUGUGGGGCACAGUGCAUUCCGACAGGGCUUCAGAAUACACGGAAGACUCCAUUUAUUUAGUUCGCCAAGCUUCAUUAUUCCUGUGUCCUUUCAGUGGAGUCUCACCAUUCUACCCUCUAAAAUCAAAGACCACUUACAAAUAAAAGUGGUUAUGUAUUACUCAUGCUGAAAACAUUGAUCCUUAAAAUAAAUGUUUAAACACAUUAGAUGAAUAUUGUUCUUUAUAUCCAAAGAACCUGUAAUAGCCUUUGCAAUAAUGUAUACGCAUAUUGUAGUCAUUAAUUAAAAAUAAAGAAAUUAUGA